CUGCUACUUGCAUUGAAUUCUUAUCUCUACAAACAACAUUCCUCUAAAGUGAAAUCUUAACGUUAACGUCUACACAAACACUACAUACAAACAAACCUUCAGCCUUGACAUAAAUAUUCACUGGCCAACAUGCAGCAACCAAACAUUCUAGUUCUGCUCGUCGCCAUUAUGAUCGGUACAUCACUUGCGGCUCCAGUACCUGAUGUUGUGAUUGACGACAUACACUCUCAAGAAGAUGACACACCACCAGGCCCAGCACCUGACGACUACUUGGGAGGAUUCUUUAAAUGAAUUAAGUUAUGGAUGUGUACGAUAGGGCUCGAAGCUUGCUUUGCUUACGAGAAUGGUGAUCUGUACUUUUAAAUGAUUUGAUGAUAGCUCCGAAGGCUCUGAAAUAGAGUACAUAUUUUUGCUAAUAACAUUUCGUGAUCUUCCGCUCAC